AUGAGAUUCGGAUCAUCCAUUGCCGCAUUCACCUUGGGAGCCUCUCUGGCUCCUGCGGCAGCCUUCCCUACCACUAUCUCUCGUGACGUCUCCGGCAAUCCCUUCGCCGGUCGCAAACUGACAAUCAACCAUUCCUACGGCAAGAAGCUCGAGGCCACAUUCGACGCUUUCGUGGAAGCAGGCGACGAGCUCAACGCACGCAAGGUACGCACCGUCCAGACCACUGGGACCUUCUACUGGAUCUCCAAUAUUGCCUCGCUCUCCGCCCUUGACGAGGCCAUCUCAGUCGCACGCGCAGAGCAGAACCAGGGCGGAGUGCCUCAGGUAGUCGGCCUUGUGCUCUACAACCUGCCAGACAGAGAUUGCAGUGCAGGCGAGAGCGCGGGUGAACUGUCAGGCCGAGAUGGUCUGCGCCGGUACAAGGAAGAGUAUGUCAAUGCCUGGGUGGUGCGACUGGCGAGAGCAUCAGACCUGACUUUCGCCGUCGUGGUUGAACCGGAUGCCAUUGGCAAUAUGGUGACGAACCAAGGUAUCCCGCUAUGCGCCUCUGCGAAGCCAAUCCAGGAGGAGGGUAUUGCAUAUGCGAUCUCCAAACUCCAGUUGCCCAAUGUGAACCUCUAUCUGGAUGCCUCACAUGGUGGAUGGCUAGGAUGGGCUGAUAACCUGCCCCUUGCCGCGGCGCAAUUCAAGGAGAUCAUCACGCUCUCUGGCAAUACUACCAAGGUUCGCGGAUUUUCGACCAACGUGUCCAACUACAACCCCUUCCAAGCUACUGUCCGUGAGAACUACACCGAAUGGAACCCAUCCUGGGACGAAGACCACUACGCCUCGUCAUUGGCCCCCUUCCUUGAAGCGCAAGGCCUACCCGCGAGGUUCAUCACCGACCAGAGUCGUGUCCAUCUCCCUGGUGCCCGCGCAGAAUGGGGUGAGUGGUGCAAUGUCUCUCCUUCUGGGCUCGGUCGCCCUCAAGCCACGGACACGGGCAACGAGUAUGUCGAUAGCCUCGUGUGGGUCAAGCCUCCGGGAGAGAGUGAUGGGCAGUGCGGAUUGGAAGGCGCUCCGCCUGCGGGGGUGUGGUUCAAUGAAUAUGUCAAGAUGCUGGUCGAGAACGCUCAUGAGGAUGUGGUGCCUGCUGACUCUUUGGAGAGGACUACGAAGUCAUGGUGGCCGCAAUACUAA